AUGCUACGCAUCACUUCACAGCGAGCCAGAUUCGCGAACGUAAUGCAGAAACUCCCAUCCGAUAUGAUGGACGAAAUUUCUGACGUCCUCUCCGAUUUGCGCGAACAUGAACCAUACGACCACUUAAAGAAAGCGAUCCUCAAGCGAACCGGACGUUCCGAGGAAGAUAUGAUUCAGGAAAUACUACGGAACGUCGCUAGAUGUGACAAGACGCCAUCCCUGCUUCUCAGAUAUAUGAGGAACCAGCUGGGAAAGCACAAUGUGUCAGAGAAGGUUCUUCGAGGUUUAUGGCUGGAGCAUUUUCCCAAAUCAGUCGCUCAAAUUAUCGCACCAAUGACGAGAGCCACGCCUCUGGAUGAUUUGGCAGAAUCUGCUGAUCUAGUUUUUGCGCAGUUUGACCACAGCGUUAACGCUGUUCACGCCCCCGACAUAGCAAAGCACGAACGCUACGAGCCGAAUAACCCCCAGCCAAGAACGGCAAAGCGACCAGGGUGGAAACGAAUAAACCGGAGAGUCGCGACGACUAACUCUUCCGGUGCCAACACGCAAUGUCGUCUGUUUUACGUUUGGGAUCGACGGAACAAAUUGAAAUUCCUAGUAGACACAGGUGCGGCCAUCAGCGUGGUACCCUAUCAGAACGACCACACUGCUAAGCCCACCCUGGUCAAACUACGAGCUGCGAAUGGUUCCGCGAUAGACACAUACGGAGAAAGGACCCUUACUCUGAAUAUCGGCAUGCGACGUGAUUUCACUUGGACAUUUACCGUGACCAACGUGAAGGUACCCAUCCUCGGCGCGGAUUUCCUGGCGCAUUACGCACUGGCGGUCCAUAUGAACCCUAGGACUCUGUCCGAUACGACUACGAAUCUCCGUGUCUUAGGUACCCCUACACGUCAAGGCUCCACAGGAAUCAGCGUCGCAACAUGCCAUGGUCGCGAGUACUUAGAUCUCCUGACACAGUUCACGGAUAUAACGCUGCCACUCCAAGUAACGGCUUCAGGUGACCAUCAGACUCAGCACCACAUCAGAACUCGAGGUCCUCCCGCACACUCCCAUCCGCGACGACUCGCUCCGCACAAACUGGCGUACGCCAAGGAGCAAUUCGACAAAAUGCUCAGUGAUGGCAUCAUUCGUCCUUCCGAUAGCCCUUACGCCUCGCUACUACACUUAGUGCCUAAACCUGGUGGUAAAGAAUUUCGGAUAUGCGUCGACUACCGAAAAUUAAUGCAUCGACCGUACCAGACCGAUACCCUGUCCCUCAUAUCCAUGAUUUUGCAACCGGACUGGCAACACCUGCGAGAAGUCUUCCAGCGACUCUCGCACUACGGCCUGAAGUUGAACCUGGACAAGUGCGUUUUCGGGGCGCCCAGCGUUGAUUUUCUCGGGCACCGCACCGACACAAACAGCAUAGCACCUCUGCCAGACAAGAUCAGCUCGAUCCGGGAUUUUCCUACACCGACGUCCAUGAAACAAUUGCGACGUUUCCUCGGUAUGCUCAGUUUUUAUCGUCGGUUCAUCCCGAAUUGGCUACCAUCCUCCAGCAACUGA